AUGAUACUUUCUGUGUCCCUUUUUUCCACUAUGCAGACUAAUAAACGUCAAAGUACUACUAAAAAGCAAAGUCUUCCUGAAAGGAAGAUUUCUACCUAUAAACCAAACAUUUGGAAAUAUGAUCAUCUACUUACUCUUACAAGUGAAUAUUCUGAAGGGAAGUAUAAAGUUGAGGCUGAGAAGCUAAAAGAGAAAGUCAGUUGCACGUUUUCAAACACUAUUUGUCCACUGGACCUGCUAGAGCUUAUAGACAGCAUUGACAAACUUGGACUCAGUUGUUACUUUGAGGUUGAAACCAAGGCAGCUUUGAAAAAGAUAAUAAUGUCCGUGAAAACUAGUUCCAGCUCGAAGGAGGAGAAUCUGUAUGCUACUGCAUUGUGCUUCAGGCUUCUCAGGGAACAUGGCCACCAUGCUUCGCAAGAUAUGUUAAAGGACUUCUUCGAUGGAAAAGGAAAGCUGAAAGUCUCAGAUGUGAAAACAUUGUUGGAGGUUUUGGAAGGGUCGUAUAUGAGCAUGGAAGAUGAAAACUUACUAGACGACACACGAUUGUUCACAACAAAAAACCUCAAGAGCCUUGUAUCUAAAUCAGAUUACACAUUUACUAAUAAGGAAUAUAAUUUGAGCAAUAGCUUGAGUUUUCCAUUGGCAUGGAGAGUGAAAUGGUAUGAUGUUAGAAAACAUAUCUGUGCUCAAGAACUUGAAUGCAACAACACAAAUCCAAUGUUGCUCAAGUUGGCAAAACUUAACUUCAAUAUAGUUCAAGCCACGCACCAAAAGGAUCUCAAACACGUAUUAAGAUGGUGGAGGAAUGUUUCCAUAGUUGAAGAUUUGAACUUUACAAGGGAUCGGAUAGUAGAAAGCUUCUUUUACGCUGUAGGAGUUGCCUCUGAGCCUCAACAGGGAAGCAUGAGAAAAUGGCUCACCAAAGUGAUUGAGUCGGUGCUAAUAGUAGAUGAUGUUUAUGAUAUUUAUGGUUCAUUAGCCCAAGUGCAGCAAUUCACUCGUGCCAUAGAGACGUGGGAUCCAAAUGCAGUAGAAGGGCUGCCAGAAUGUAUGCAGAUCUGUUUCAGGUCUUUGAGUAAAAUUUGUAUGGUUGGACUCGUGGUUGAAUGUGCGUUCAUAUUUUGUAACCUUCGCCGGAUUCCGAGAUGUAGUCCCCGCAUGCGAUUUUUGAGUCUAUUCUUUCCUGGAAUUACUGAAAGUGAACUAUAA